AUGCUCCCGCCCCCGGACGGCUGCAUCGGCAGGUUGGAAAGCGUGGCCAUACCACCUGGAAUGUGCAACCCAAUGGUCGUGUUCCUUGGUCCGCUCUUCUCGUUCAUGGAACAAAGGCAGGGGAUGGAAGCGACCAAGUUGACGUACGUGCACAACCUGAUCCGCCGAGCUCACCUCAACGAAGAUAUCCCGCAGAAGGUGGACGCAUACCUCAGGCUUAUCGACACGAGGGAGCCAGAAAUCCGGCAACGCUACGACCCGUCGGAAUGCUGGGUCACUCCCGAGCAGCUUGUGGAGAUGAUGGUGCUCGACGGCCUCUUCAUCAUUGAGGUGCUGAUCGACCACUGGCUGGGCAAGAUCAACAAAGCAUCGGCGUCGCCGGAGGUGAAGGCUGAGAAAGUAGUAAUUCAUCGGGAGACGCCUGAAAACGACGAACCCGAUUCCCAGUCGCCGUUGUUGCCCACGAUGGUGCCACAAGCGUUGAGGGAGGACUUCACUCCAUUGAAGGUCAGGUGGGAGCCGCACGCGCUCCGGUACGACCUCGUGGUCGUCCCAAACCAGAUCCCCUUCUUCGUGCUGGAGGAGCUAUUCAAGAUGACCGAGGUCCCCGAGCUCGGGGAGGGUCAGAAGCAACCCGCAAAGCUCAGGGAAAUCGUACUCGAUUAUCUCGUCGGCAAUGGAGGUGGCGGUGUACUAGCGGAUUACGAGGGCCCUGUAUACCAUAUCCUGCAUCUGGUGCAUUUACAUCUGACAUUUUCCAAGGAAGAAACUCGAGUCUCAGCUCUGCAGACGGGGCCGCCGGUUCCACGGCCAACUUUGCUGGACAGGACCCUGGACAAGUUGAAGAAGAAGCGCAUGGAUCUGCACGCGUCUUGUAAACGGACCUUCUCUCGCUCCUCCAUCCUACCUGUGGGCUGGAAAGAGUGGAAGCUGAUCCCGCCGCUGCGAGAGCUCGUUCGAGUUGGCGUGAAGCUGAAGCGGGUGGAGACGUACCGGUUUGCACAAGUCAAGUUCAACAACGGGAAGCUAGACAUCCCGGCCUUCGCGUGGCGGCCGUAUCACAUCCGGCUGCUCACCAACCUCGUGGGCCUUGAGAUGUCCGGGUGGUGGCCCCGCCAGAACCGGUUCUUCUGCAGCUAUGUCAUGUUCUUGUCCGAGCUCCUCAUGAAGAAGGAAGAUGCUGAGCUGCUCUUCAAGAUGGGCAUCGUCCAGGGGAGCAACAUCAGUGGAGACUUCGAGAAGACCUUGAUUUGUCCAAUUCUGAUGCUGGCAGAUGUUAGCCACGGCUCCAAAUACGAGCGCUGCUUCUCACACCUCAUCGACGACAUGAACGAUUGCUACCAGCGUUGGAGCAAAGUUGGUGCCCUCCGCACCACGCAGCAGCAAGGAAGUUAG